GAUAAUUAUCACUGAACCCUGAAUGAUACUGAUAUUUUUUAUGGAAAUUUUAUUCCUAUGUUGUAUAUUAUUUAAGUGGCUUAAUACACUCUUUGCUUAGGUUUGGUUAAAAUGGCUGACAAAAAAAAGGAGGGUGAACCUGAGGUAGAAGAGGAAUUCUCAGUAGAAAAAGUUUUGGACAGACGCAUUAGGAAUGGCAAGGUGGAGUAUUUCUUGAAGUGGAAAGGUUACAGUGAUGAAGAUAAUACAUGGGAGCCAGAAGAAAAUUUGGACUGUCCAGAUCUAAUACAGGCCUUUGAGGAAGCACGAAAGAAGAAAGAAGCAGAGGGUAAAACUAGUAAAACUGACAAGGAUGCAAAGAAACGUAAAUCUGCUGCAGCAACACCAGAUCUAAAAGGUGCCAAAAAAGCUAAAACUGAUGAGAAAAAAGCUUCAGGUUUUGACCGUGGCUUAGAGCCAGAGAAAAUAAUAGGUGCAACUGACAGCAGCGGUGAGCUGAUGUUCCUGAUGAAAUGGCAAGGUACUGACGAAGCUGACUUAGUGCCAGCGAAGCAGGCCAACGUGCGAUGUCCUCAAGUCGUCAUACAGUUCUAUGAGGAGAGACUUACCUGGCACACGCCUGCGCCUGAUGAAGCCGCCAAUGAGGACUAAGUAAUGCUAACAUAAGAAAUAUUUAUAAAAAUUUCAAACAUUGUUUUUUGAAAUGAUUUUGGAAAUUAUAGAUUCCCUAUUAUUUUUAUAUCCAAGUAUGGAGAAAUAAUGUACUAUUAUAAAUUCGAAAUAUAUUGAAUUCCUACUAUGCUCACUAUUACUUUGUUCUUCACUCGCUACAUUGUUUACUACAUGUGCUGGUGCUGCAAUCUGGUGACAGAAAGAUUCAAUAAUACGUCCUAUUAUAUGGUUUUUCAUCAUGUUUAGAUAAUUAAUAU